GAGGAGAAAAAAGGCUCAUUCGUUACAUCGGUUGCUACGAAGGGAAAGCACUUAGUGCUCCAACAUGUGCCCAUUAUCUCUUGGCUGCCAAAAUACACCAAAUUUGAUGCAGUAUCAGAUGCUGUUGCUGGAUUCACCGUUGGACUCACGUUAAUGCCCCAGAGCAUUGCGUAUGCAUCCUUGGCUGGGUUGAGUGCACAGUAUGGAUUAUAUACAGCAUUUAUGGGAAGUUUAGUCUACACAUUUUUUGGAACAAUCAAGGAGGUCUCCAUUGGACCAACAUCAUUGAUGGCAUUGCUUACAUUUCAAUUUACCGAACAUCUGGGUGUGGAGUUUGUAAUUCUGCUGUCAUUUCUGGCUGGUUGUGUGGAAUUGCUCAUGGGUGUCUUAAACGCUGGUCAAAUCAAGCCUGGAUUGCCUGCCUUCCAACUUCCUCCGUUCAGUGCUCAGAUUGGAAACGUCACAUAUUCAUUUCCCGAAAUGUGCAAAGAGCUUGGAUCAGGAAUAAUUUUGAUUCCUAUUGUUGCCGUUUUGGCAAAUGUUGCAAUAGCUAAAGCAUUCAGUACCAUUAUAUUGCUGGCUCUCAGUUUUCUCACUCCGUACUUCUACUUCAUCCCAAGAGCUACUUUGUCGGCAGUUUUGAUAUGUGCUGUCAUGUUUAUGAUUGAAUGGGAAAAGGCUCUGUUGUUAUGGAGAACAAGCAAACGAGACUUCCUUCUGCUUCUUUUGACUUUCCUGUCGUGCCUUCUUAUGGGCGUGGAGGUUGGUUUGUUGAUGGGUGUAGCCGCUGACAUAGUUUACUUGUUGUAUCUAUGGGCAAGGCCAAAUAUUGAUGUGGAAAUAUGCAAGAGCCCAGUUGGAGGAGAAUACCUUAUUGUUACUCCUGACAUUGGUCUUCCAUAUGCUGCUGUUGAUUUCCUAAGAACUGAAGUUUGUAGAGUAGGAGAAAUCCAAGGAGCAGGAAUUCUGCCUCUCGCAAUCAAUUUCAAAAACGUGAAGAGCUUUGAUUUCACCACUUCUAUGGGAAUUGACUCUCUUCUGAAAGACUUUGAGAAAAGAGGACAACCACUAAUUUUUCUCAACAUGAAACCUCAAGAUGUAGAAAUGAUACAUAAUGCUAAUGUCAAGAUGAUGCAAUACUGUCAUUCUGAAGAAGAGCUGGAGGAUUUGUUGUUUGGUGAGAAAUUGGAUCUGGGGCGUUGUGAGACAAUGCCCAUUUUGGGAUCGCCAUGUCAAGACAAAUCUCUUUUUUCGGAUGAUGAUUUUAACUCAAAAAAAGAGAAUGAGAGUGACUUAGAGUUGAAGCAUGAAGAAAAAAUUAAUAUUUCUAGUUAGAUUGAGAAAAUCAAAAGUAAAAAAUUGCAUUAAUGAAAUAGUGUGAAUCAGUGGUUGCUCUAGGGAUUAUGAAAUAAUUAGAACCAUCACCACUUUAAGAA